AUGUCAUCCUCCGUUCACUUCAAGUUCAAGUCUCAAAAGGAGCCUUCAAGGGUAACUUUUGAUGGCACCGGUAUCUCUGUCUUCGAAUUGAAACGAGAAAUUAUCAAUCAGAGUAGGCUGGGCGAUGGCACCGACUUCGAGCUAUCUAUCUACAACGAAGAUACUGGAGAAGAAUACGAUGAUGACACCAGUAUAAUACCGCGUUCUACCUCCGUCAUAGCUCGAAGACUACCAGCAUCUCGCCCCGGAAAGGGUGGUGCUGCUCGAUAUGUUUCCGGGAAAAUGCCAGUUAAUGCGCGCAGCGUUCCCCGUAAUGACCAGUCUUUAUUAAAUCGAAGCGUUUCCAAUGCUAGCUAUCCUGUGAGCAAUGGAGUCUUAGAACUGAACAAUGCCCAAACAGAAGAGGAGAAAAUCAAUGCAUUGUUUAGCCUUCAAGCCAACCAAUGGAAAGAACAGCAGCAGGAGAUGGCGAACGCAACGCCUGUUCCAUUCGGCCGCGGGAGAGGCAGGCCUAUCAAUGUACCCGACCACCCGCCUCCUCCAGGAUACUUAUGUUAUCGUUGUCGAGAAAAAGGCCACUGGAUACAAGCAUGUCCUACAAAUAAUGACCCAAAGUUCGAUGGUAAAUACAGAGUGAAGCGAUCAACUGGGAUACCCCGUUCACUCCAAACUAAAGUUGAGAAGCCAGAGUCCCUCACUUUAGAUGGCUCGCACGAAGAUCCAAGAAACACCGGCGUUAUGGUCAAUGCUGAUGGAGACUUUGUCAUCGCCAAGCCAGACAAGGCGGCUUGGGAGUUAUACCAAGAAAAGGCCAAGGCCUCUGCAGCGGCUGCAGCGGAAGCAGCAGCAGCAGAAUACAGCAGAGACCUGCAAGCUCGUGGCUUAGAGUGUCCGAUCGACAAACGAAUGUUUUUAGAACCUACAAGAACACCUUGCUGUCAAAGGACCUACUGCAAUGACUGCAUUACUAAUGCAUUGAUUGAGAGUGAUUUUGUAUGCCCUGGGUGCGGAACGGAAGGGGUACUGCUUGACAAUCUUGCUAUCGAUGAUCAAACUGUUGGCAAGGUUAAAGCCUAUGAGACGGAAAAAGCAGAUUUGAAGAAAGACAGGGAAAAGCAGCCAACGAGCCAAGAUGAUGGGAAAAAAAACUCAAUAGGUAAAGGUUCCGUGUCUAUAAAAGAGCCCCUGUCGCCAGUUUCGGCCAGUCAGCCUAUCUCAUCAAAUAAAAGGCCUGCGGAGGAGACCCUUCACUCAAGCCCCAGCUCUCACUCAAAAAAGCUGAAAGGGGACGAUAAAUUUGAUGCACGGAGCCAACUGCCCAACGAGUCGGCGCCUGGAUUCCCACCGCUUCCUUUCGGCCAACAGAUGUCUAUGGGUGGCUUCGGAUUUAUGCAGAACCAACCCAUGUCUGUAAUGCCAAUGCCCGAUGCUGGGUUUGCCGGUGAUAGAAUGGGGUUUCUGAACGUUAUGGGUGUACCUGCGGCUAACGGGUUUCCACCUAAUUUGGACCAGGCAUGGAAUCCCAUGGAUGCUUUGAGUUUCAGUCAUGCGCAAGGCGGAAUGUAUGGUGAUAGUCUUAAUGGAUAUGCUCCUCCAAACGUCUAUCCUGGGGUUGGAGAGCCAUCUAUGAAUAUGUAUCACAUGCCCCAAAUGGCGGGACUUCAGUCAAACCCUGGCUUUUCACAAGCGUCCGAGAUGAGCCGCUUUUCAAACCAACAGCGCACUGCAUUUAGCUCACCAUUUGCCAGGGAAGAAGACACGGCGUACUUUCGGCAACCUGUUAAUCCACAACGGCAUCAAGCAAGACAUCGGCGGAUAAGGCCAAGUGAUUACCGUGAGCUAUGA